AUGCCGUCCGCUUCGCAAUCUUCACAGCAAUCCUUCACCAUGAGCCAGCAGUCGCAGCAGGCGCCCCCUAACGCUUCUUUUCACCGCGGCUUCACGAUCAACCCCAACGCUCCUCAAAUCUACUCGGCAUCCUACUCCGGAGUCGAUGUCUACGAGAUGGAAGUCAACGGUAUCGCUGUCAUGCGACGGCGCCAUGACUCUUGUCUAAAUGCCACCCAGAUUCUCAAGGUCGCAGGCGUCGACAAGGGCAAACGAACCAAAAUCCUCGAGAAGGAAAUCCAGACCGGGGAGCAUGAAAAGGUGCAGGGAGGAUACGGAAAAUAUCAGGGUACCUGGAUCAAGUUCGAGCGCGGCGUCGAAGUCUGCCGCUCAUAUGGCGUCGAGGAACUUCUCCGCCCCCUGCUGACCUACGAUAUGGGCCAGGACGGCGGCGUCGCUGGCCAAGGUGAUCUCAACACACCUACCAAGGAGCAGGCUAUGGCUGCGCAAAGGAAACGCAUGUACAGUUCUAGCGCCGAGGGGAGACCCAAUGGCGUCAACGGCACCUUCUUCAAGAAUAUCUCGAGCACCGCUUCACACGCUGUCGCCGCCAUUAGCAAGGCUCGAUUCGACUCACCCAACCCGCGCAGCCGAAACGGCCCAUCCCAACCACCCAGCUUUAGCAGACAGCCCUCGAUGCAGAAUGGCGAUGAAUUUCCCGGAAAUUCGCAACAGAGUUUUGCUUCGGAAUACAGCCAACACGUCGACUCCGCUUAUUCGACGCAACAGCCCAACGGCGUAGCUCCUAUGCCCGAGGCUGAACCGCCCCGGAAGCGCCAGCGAGUGAGCAUGACACCGGCUGAUAGCUUUGGAGGCUACAGUCAAAAUAUGGACGCCUAUGCGAACGCAUUCCCCGGAUCUCCGACCGAACCCAACGAUUCCUUCAUGUACCCCCAGAGUGCCAUCCAGGACCGAUCACCCAUUGAGGAAGCCAGCGGAUCACAAGCACCACUUCCAUUCGAGCUGUCUCAAGGCGCCGAGGCGAAGCGCAAUAUGCUUAUGGGUCUGUUCAUGGACACUUCCGCCGACGAUACUUCGAAGCACGAUAUGCUCCUCACCUGUACCCAAAGCGAGCUCGACAUGCCUAUAGACUCCCAGUGCCAUACUGCUCUGCAUUGGGCCGCUACUCUGUCGCGUAUGCCUCUCCUGCGGGCCUUGAUUUCCGCUGGUGCUUCUCCAUACCGGGUCAAUGCAUCUGGCGAAACCCCGCUCAUACGCGCCUGCCUUGUAACGAAUUCAAUGGACCACGGAUCCUUCCCUGAUCUGCUAGAGGUACUGGGCGGGACCAUUGAGGCCCGGGAUCACAAAGGCCGCACUGUCUUGCAUCACAUUGCCGUCACAAGUGCUGUGAAAGGUCGUAAUGCAGCAAGUCGAUAUUACCUGGAGAGCUUGCUUGAAUGGGUUGUUCGUCAAGGCAGCGUGCCCAGCAGCCAGAAUGCGGGCAUGAAUGGUGCCGCACCGAACGGCGCUCAAGUUACUAUUCCCAAGAUGGGCAUUGCUCGGUUCAUGAGUGAAAUCGUCAACGCCCAGGACAGCUGCGGCGACACUGCUUUAAACAUUGCUGCCAGAAUCGGCAACAAGAGCAUCGUGUCCCAACUCCUUGAAGUCGGCGCUGACCCCAACAUUGCCAAUCGUGUGGGUCUUCGGCCGGUUGAUUUUGGCAUUGGUGUUGAGAGUGUCGAGGAAAAGCAAAACGCUGAGGCGAUCUCGGAGAAGCCAAGCGCCCCUGGUUCAAGCCAAAAGAUGCGCGAAAGCAGCGACGAGAUUAUUGCUUCCAUCACGCACCUCUUGGGAGAGACCAGCUCCACCUUCCAGCAGGAAAUGAAGACGAAGCAAGUCAGCCUUGACUCGAUGCACGCCAACAUCCGCAAUACCUCCACACAGCUCGGCGAUGCGCGCCGCAAGAUUGAGCAGCUUACAGCAUCAGUGACCAGGCAGCAGCUCGCCCGUCGAAAAGUCGCCAACCUAGCGCACGCCCGCGAAGACGAACAAACGCGUUUGAUGAAUGAGCAGUCGCGCUCGUCGCAACCGAACCCCUCGUCAUCAUGGGAGACUGAGCUAGGCGCGAUGCUCGAGGCAGCCGAAGAGCACAACGCCGCGGGCGGAUUUAGUGCCGAGGGCAUGCUGCCGUCCACCGCCGUCCUCAAAGCGCGCAUCCGGGCCAUCGAGGCCCGUCGUGACGUCACCCGCAAGAUGGUUCAGGCCCUCCAGGGCCGCAGUCGGGAUGUGGAAGUCAAGUACCGCCGCGUCGUGGCUCUGUGCACCGGCGUUGCCGAGAAUGAUGUCGAUGCCGUCAUUGACGGCCUGCUCAAGGCCGUUGAGAGUGAACGCGAGGAGCUGGAGAUUGACCGCGUCAGACGCUUCUUAGGCGGUGUCGAAGGUGUCGUGCACUAG